AUGGCGACCAGUGGCUGCGUCUUCCACAGAACCCUGACCCGGUCCAGACCUGGUCCAAACAAGGCGUCCUCGUCCUCUCCUGCUGUCUGCAGAGAGUUCCUGUAUGUGGUGGACCUGCAGCGGUACAGCAGAGACCAGGGAUCCUCUGUCUACUUCCCCCAGGCUGUCCUCAGCGGUGAUGUUCUGUAUGACCUCACGCUGACAGACGGGGACUGCAGGCUUCGUGUAACUCUGGAUCCUGGUCUGAACCGGCUGGUGGAGAGAAAUGUCCUGCAGACGGGGUCAGUGCUACGUAACGCCACCUUCACCCCUGCCAUGGCGGCGCCGCUCCCAGACUGCCCCGGGGCCUCUGGAGAGAGAGACAGCUACAGACUGCUGAGCGUGGAGGUCACAGAUGGAGCUCCAGGAGACGAUGAGGAGGAGGCGGUCCGGAUGUCGGAUGUGGACUUGGACUCUCUGCCCUGGUUUGGGUCAUCAGAGCCUGCAGGUCCUCUGGUUCCUCUGAGAGCCAAUAGGAGCGUGUUUCUCCCUCUGUGGAACAACGUGGACUACAGUGGACAGGUGUGGAGGGAAACUCCCCCCACAGAGGAGGAGGAGGAGGAGAACGAAGAAGAGGAGGAGGAGGAGGAAGCACGCCGUCCUGCUGUGACUGUGUCGGAGCUGCGUGACUCCUUCCUGUCCGGUCGCCGCAGCGUUGCCAGGGGCGCCGUCCAGCAUCUGCUGAUCGUACGCAUCAUCAACAAGUCACACCUGAUGUAUUAUGGGAGAACAGACCGGAACUGUGACUGUCCAUAUAAGGCAGUGGUGGAGGUGUGCGACCGGACAGGAAGUGUGUGUGUCGUGUUGUGGAACAGUGUGUGUGUCAGCUGGUAUCGCUGUCUGAAGCCAGGUGACAUCAUCAGCCUCAGACGCUAUCGAGUCAAACGGCAUUACCAAGCUGAGCCCGAGGACAUAGAGAUCAGCGUGAACAGCAGAAAUCCUGCCGCUCGCAUCUCUGUUCUCCCAGAAUCCUCUGUUUCACCUGAAUAUCUCCCACCUGCACCUACCUACAGCUUCUACAGCAGUAAGGAACUCCUUGACCAUCCUCACGGCGUUGUGUGUGAUGUCAUCGGCCUGUUGACGUUCUCAGGACGAGCGGAGCGAAUCAGGAGCAAGGAUGGCAGAGGGGCGGAGCUUUUGGAGUAUCACUGGCUGCGAUUGGAGGACGGGACGAGCGAUCAGCCGGUCAUGGUGAAGCUCUUCUCCACAUCUCAACCUGAAUCCCACCAGAAGCUCCACCCAUUGUCAGUGGUUGUCUGUACCAGACUGAAGCUGAUCAGAGCGGCAGAUCGGAUAGACGUCGGCUUCUACCUGACAAACACGACGUACACACAGGUGUACUGCACAGGACUGGGCCACCACUCAGAGAUGAGUUACCGUAAGCUCCGUCCAGUGCGACAGUUUGUCCAGUGGCUGAGGAGCCAGGAUGAUGGACAGGUGCUGAGCAGGGCUCUCAUUGGAGGAUUCUUCAUCUACCCUCCUCCUCCCGUCUCCUUGGAAACAUACAUGAAAGACAGGAGAGGUGAGCCAGGUUUCCUGCGAGGGGCGGAGCUUCAGAGGGAGCUGGAGAAGCUCUGUUACCGGGAGCGCCGCACCUUCUGUAUCCAGGCAACAGUCACCACAGUUACAUACAGCCGCAGAGGAGAGGAGGACCGCUGUCUGUGCUGGACAGACCGACCUUCAUCUCUCUCUCCCUCCUCAUCCUCCCCUCGCCUCUCUAAGUCCUCCCCUCACCCGCCUCCCUCCCCCUCGCUCUCCUCCUCCUCCCCCUCCACCCCUCGCUCGUUCAGACCUCCUCACUCCUCCUCUUCGUCUUCGUCUCCGUCCUCAGCUGUCAGUCAGCUGACGCCCCGCCCUCUGGACCACAGCAGGAAGUCAUGGAAGAGGAAGCAGCUGCUGCUGGCAGACACUCCAAAGAAGAGACAUCCGUGGGUCACCUUACAACCAGAACAGAACAACCAGACAGUCAUUCUGUUUGAAGCCUCCAUGGAGUUUUUAGAAAACACAAACACUGAUGAGGACAUUGAUGAUGAUGAAGACACCUCGUCCUUCGUCACCGCACCCCUCCUACCCACCUUUGCACCGGUCGCCGUGGAGACGCUGCCGAUGCGUUACAACCACGCCCAUAGGGAGGAGCAGGCGGUCGCUGUGGCGAUGGGGGGGAGGGCAGUCGCUGCCAGGAGGUUUGACUGCGCCCUGGAGGACUACUACACCCUGAGACUGAGAGCUCUGUCAGACGGCCUGUCGGUGGACGCCAUCUUCCUCCCUCACUCCUCCUCUUCAUCCUCUGCUCCUCCACCCCUCCAACACUCCAACACCUGGACCUCCAUCCUAUCACAUGGAGCCUUCUCUCCACACAGUCCUCCACCUUCACCAGCUGACCUCAUCAACAUGGCGGCACAGCUGGCCAAUCAGAGGCUGGUGUGUGUCUUGGAGGCGUGUCACCUGGGUGGAGCCUCGACUGAACUCGUCCUGAGUCGAGCGUUUCACCUGACCGACUGACAUCCUGAUGCCUGAUGGGUGUUUUUACAGUUUGAUUUCUAACGUAUUGCUUUUUACAUUUUUAUACUUGAUAUUUUCCAGUAUUAUGGAAGUAUUAAAGUACUUCAUGGUAAACUUACCAGGAUCCAUGUUGAUGCACUUGACUGAAGGUUGGAGUUUUUGACUCUAUAACUGGACUUUAAACGGUUUCAUUCGCUGCCAGAUGUUAGUGGGACGCUGGGAUUUGACAGAUGUUAGUUAUUUAUUGAUCCGUUUGCAGUUUAUUGGUGAUGUCAGUAAAACACUUUGUUUGAGGGAGACUUUGAAAUAAAUGACACUCAGUAUGAUGUUAGUACCUGUUUAAUCACAUGAGGUUGGUAAAGCUGUGCUGAAUACUGUCGAUACUGCAUUAAAACCAGCUUCUAUGUCAUCGGACCGUAAACACUACGGAGCUUCGUGCACACUUUCACUCAGAAACAACAUCAAUAAAGUUAUUUGAAGUGUAGUUUCUCCUUUUGUGGCACAGUUUUUGUAAAAUAGAGGAUAUGAAACCUUGAAGUGAUUAAAAGCGUACGUCCUGUGUCAUUUGUUUCUUAGUUGUCCCUCGUACCUCGUUAGUACUUCAGUGGUACUGCGUAUGUACGAAGUGUUCACGCUCGAGCUGCAGCUUGAAGUUCUGAUGAAAUGUUUGUGACUGUGUCAGCAUUAAAGAACUUUAAUCUUU